AACACUGCAGUCGUCUUUAUCCCAUCCGUUUUCAAUAGUGAGGUCUGGUAACUGGAGCGGCAGGAAACCACCAGCAGCAGCAUAACGCAACUGAAGCUUCUAGAACAGAGUGACCUUGAGCACAAUUUCUCGGGGAGCUAGCGUCGGCUGCAAGGAGUUGCAGGAAGCCUAGGGUUGAAAGGGAGCCCACCCUCACCUUGGCCUACAAGCCACCAUCAGUCUCGACUUAGCCCCCUCGUCUUUCACUCCGCGUCCGUCGACAACCGCAAGCCAGAAUGGUGCAGAUCAAGGAAUUCCGCAUCACAAUGCCGUUCACCCUCGACGAGUACCGCGUCGGCCAAACCUACAUGCGGUCGCGGAUGCAGAUGGAGAACACCAAGGGGCGCGAGGGCGUGGAGGUCAUCGCCAGCGAGCCGUUUAAAGACGACGUCUUAGGCGAGGGGCACUACUCGCACGUGGUCUACCACUUCCAGCGCCGCGCGCCCGCGUGGAUCCGCGCGCUCGCGCCGCUCGAGGCGCUGCGGCUGGAGGAGAAAAACUGGAACGCGUUCCCGCGCUGCCGCACGGAGAUCAGCUGUCCAUAUUUUACCAAUUUCAAGAUCACCACCGACUCGUACCACAUCGCCGACAGAGGCGUCACCGAGAACGCGCUGAAGCUGUCGGAGGCUGACCUGGCAUUGCGCAAGGUGGACCACGUGGACAUCGCGGCGGCUGACAGGGACAUGUGGUCGCGAAUCAUCGCGCGCAAGCCCACCGACCCCUCCAAGAUCGCCUCGCUCAAGCUCAACCGCGGCCCGCUGGCGCCCGGGUGGCGGGAGACGUGUCAGCCUGUGAUGACGGUCUACAAGGUGGCACGCGUGGACGCGCCCUAUUGGGGAAUCGGCAGGCAGAUGGAGCUCGCCACUGUGGCGGCGCAGCGUGCUUUGUACCUGGAGGCGCACCGCAAGUGCUACGGUUGGGUGGACAACUGGUGCAACCUCACAGUGGCGGACGCCCGGCGGAUAGAGCAAGAGAACAUCGACAUCAUGCGCAAGAGCCUUUCCUUGAGUGACCGCUUGGACUCGUCUGAGCACUUUGAUGAGGAAGCUUAUAACGAGGCAGGGGAGGGGUCAUCGGAGGGAGAGGAGGUAGAGGAGGAUGAGGAGAGUAUGUUCCAGGCGGUUACAGCCCUGCCUGCUGCUGCUCCUGCUGUGGCCGCAUGACCGUGACUGGCAACAGGCCAUAACGGCUGCAUGAAGCUGCAGAAUUGAGUAGUGGGUGCAGUAUAACCACGACCACGACUGUACAAUAUGACAGAACAGUGGUCGGUGCAGUGGACACUGUGCAAGCAUAGGCUUGUAAUGGGGGCACUCCGUGCACUUACGACGACCCCCAUCCCCAGGUGCAUGUGAUGCAUGAGGCACGAGCUCUAAGUGGCGCCCUGGCUCGCUUCCAAUGCUGCUAUUCUUCCCAUAGAACAUCAGUGGGUAAGGGAACGCUCGGCUUUGUUAGCGUCUUGAUUAGAACCAGCAGCAGUGAACUGGCACCUGACGGAAGUGAGUGCUUUCGGCGGUGGAUCCUAGGGCUGCAUUGAAUAAAGCACCAUAGAACUGUGUAUGUCUCCUGUGUAUGUAUGCAUGCCUAUAGAAUGCAAGAGGUUAUAUCCUGCUUC